AUGGACUCGCGCGGGGAGAUGAAGGCGCUGGACGCGCAGAUCGAUCGCUUGCGUCGCGCCGAGAACCUGACGGAGACGGAAAUCUACGAGUUGUGCCAAAAGGCCAAGGAGAUUCUGGCGGGUGAAUCCAACGUACAGCCGGUCAAGUGCCCCGUGACGGUCUGUGGUGACAUUCACGGCCAGUUCUACGACCUGCUGGAGCUCUUCCGAAUAGGCGGCGCUUGUCCGGACACCAACUACCUUUUCAUGGGUGACUACGUGGACCGCGGCUAUUACUCGCUCGAGAGCGUCGCGCUCUUGGUGGCGCUAAAGGUGCGUCACCGCGAACGAAUCACGAUCCUUCGUGGCAACCACGAAAGUCGCCAGAUCACACAGGUCUACGGCUUUUACGACGAGUGCCUACGUAAAUACGGCAACGCCAACGUGUGGAAAUACUUCACCGACCUGUUCGACCACUUGCCAAUGACGGCGCUCAUCGAGAACCGCGUCUUCUGCAUGCACGGCGGCCUGUCGCCCUCGAUCGACACGCUGGACCACGCACGCGCACUCGACCGUGUGCAGGAGGUUCCCCACGAAGGUCCUAUGUGCGAUCUGGUGUGGUCCGACCCCGACGACCGGUGUGGGUGGGGUAUCUCCCCUCGUGGCGCUGGCUACACCUUCGGCCAGGACAUCACCGAGCAGUUCAAGCGCAGCAACGGCCUCACAUUCAUCGCGCGUGCCCACCAGCUUGUCAUGGAAGGAUACCAGUGGACCCACAACCGCGGCGUUGUGACUAUCUUCAGUGCUCCUAACUACUGCUACCGCUGCGGCAACCAGGCCGCGCUCAUGGAGAUCGACGAGGUCAUGGCCGACCGUAACGGAGACAAGGUAUACGAGACGUGCAAGUUCAUCCAGUUCGACCCUGCUCCGCGCGACAGCAACUUUAAUGAGAAGAAGCGCACGCCCGACUACUUCCUGUAG